AUGCGUCUUGCAGUGCUCUCGUGUUUGCUUGCAAUUUCGCUGUGUGCUUCUGCUCCUACUGGAGGCAACCUCGAUCUGACGCUGCGGCUGGGACCGCCUUCGACUCCUCGCUCUCACGCUGCAAGCGAUGGCUCGACUCCGACGGAUCUGACGCUGCGAUUGGGUCCGGCUCAUACUCUUCAUUCUCCCGAUGCAAGUGAAAGCUCGUCCUCGUCGGGUGAAUACGAGGCCGAACACCCGGUAGGAGCUCUGCGGGAUGGACAACUGCCAAACAAUCCCGGGUUUGUUCCCGCCGAAGGCUCUGUCAGAGCCGCCGUCCAGGACGUUCGUGGUGCUCCCUCGGGUCGCUUCGACCCGUACGUGCCUCGAUUGCGAACGAUCGAUCCAGGGAACGCGGUAGGUCCUCAGGAAAGGGCACGUGUCCUCUGGGAGCAUUACGCUCGCUAUCACCUCAACGCGCCCAUGCCCUCGGUGAUUCGGGACGGAAGAUUCCAGGCCCAAGACGCUCGACUGCUCCAACGUCGUAUUGAGAGCCUUGUGCGAGCCAAAACUCUUCUGCUCAAGCAGGAUCGAGGGAGGUCGUUCAGCAAAUCCGAGAUGGAGUUGCUGACCAGGCGAUUUGUAAAUUGGCGCAAGCUCGCGAAGAGAGUUGCUGCUGGUCGUGCGAACGUGCUUGCGACGAGCUACCUGCGAGCAAUGGUCGAAGACGACAUCGGGCUGUUGCAGCGUGACGAAGAGCUCCUUCGCCGGAUCGCCCACUAG